AUGCCCAGGCUCUCUCACAUUUCUAUCCAAGAUAUCCAGUUGUAUGGCGUCCCUUGGGCUUCUCUGGUCGCGAUACUGUCACAUACGGGCCUUCGGAUUCUAGACGUGCAAGACAGUCUCCACCACUGGGACAUAGAGGACAGUCCUGCGAGUGCCCUCUUCUUCCCCGCUCCCCCGCUCACGACCUACCGACACUCCCUCCCAGACUAUCGUAGCCGCCCGCGCGAUCUUGAGGGCGAUCUAGGCCCCUUGGCCUGUCUCGCCAGUCAGCGGCAAUUUCAGCUGUCCUUGGAAACCCUCAUUGUCCCAAGCGAGGCAGUUCCUUUCGCUGAACUAGCGGCCGUAGAGUGGCACCGCCUCAAAAUGCUUCAUAUCCGAGGAGAGCGCCCGUCGGUAACUCCGCCGUUGGUCUGCGCUUUCGGCAAGAUGCCCGUGCUCCAGGAGCUCCAUGUGAACCUGGCUUGUACACGCACCACAGGCAGCGUGAUGAUCUGCACCUCCGACUGGAGAGGUCCCGUUCCAUGGCCGGAGCUGAAGACCUUGGUCGUUUCGAAUCCGCAUCCCGAGGACCCGCUGUACUCAUACCUUCCCACCAGCUUGCGGCAUUUCGCGCUGCGCUGUUGGCCGCGCCGAUAUGUUCACGUUCUAUCGCACGAGCGCCCCAUCCUGACGGAAUUAGGAUGGUAUCCCUAUAUCCUCACUGCGUCGGAGAUGAUCCAAGUCCUCUCGCGAUGCGGCUCGCUCGAUCUCGAAGAGCUGGAACUCGAGUUCGAAGUAGACGAGCGCCAUAUGGAACUGCUACACUUGAUCACCGUCGCCUUUCCAAACCUUGUCAGCUUGACGGUUUUUCGCUAUUGCCAGCCUGGACAUCCCCAUAUUCCCACUGUGAGCACCCCAGCGUGA